AUGGCACGCCUCCUGACUUCCUCAGACUACCCAAUGUGGUACCAUCUGGAGAGCGCAUUCAGCGCACCUCUAUCCCUCGGUGACCUAUUGUGGAUUCCGACAAAGGCCCAACCCCACCAUCCCAAGAUACUCACGACAUCGAAGGGAUCACUUCAGGUGUGGCUCAGAUGGGCCCCAAAAAUGACUGGUGGGAAUAUAGAAGCCCUUGCCCCGUUGACUAGUCUCCAGCGACACACUCACGACCUCCCCCUGCAGGGAUGGACAGGAAAAGGGGUGACCAGAAUAUCACACCUCCUGGGAAUAGAGGGUCUACUACCAUUUCCCGACCUCCUGAAAAAAUACCUUCUUCAUAACAAGGAGAUUUUUACAUACAUUCGCAUAAAGCAAAAGAAAAGAGCUAAAGUGAAAUGGUUGUUCCAUUAA